AUUCAAGUCGACGGGCUUCCAACUGGUGGUCGGGCCUUAGGAGCUCCACGAAGCGCAUGCUCGUGCUGCUCAUCGUUUACUACGCCAACCCACAGUGCAAAGAACAAUAUUUAUUUUGGUACAAAAAAGUGUAUGCGAAUGUGUUUAAGUUGCUAGUUGGGUAACAACAAAAUAAUAGCCCUAUUUUAAUUGAUCGUAUCCGAUUGCUGCGACCGCAACGACGCACAAACUAAGCCGAAAUAAAACGCCAAUAAAGCCCAGCUAAUUAAUGUGAUAAUUGUGCACAAUAAAAUGAUCGAAAUCGGACGACCAGGCACGAUGUGGACCGAAUUGGAAUGUGUCGGAUUUGCCAUAGAGAGUUGCCAGUGCUCGAGAUUGCAGCAAUCGCCGCCCAGAUCCACCGAUAAGCCCUUAGACCCAAAGGUCAGCCUGCGUAAUCAGCCCGCGGUCAUCCCAUCAUUCCUGGCAGUGGUGAUUGUGCUGGCGAUCUGCCUCGGAUCUGCCCUCGGUGCUCCACAAUCCUCCUGCAUCAUGUGCGACAAGGAGGACCUGCGUCCUCGGGUCCCACCAUAUAGCGACAGUUACGAGGAAUACACCUUCGACCACCAGGUGACCCAGUUGUCGGCCAUGGAGUCCCUGCAGAAAAUUAAUGCGACAAGGGGCCAGAAAUAUGCCUGCAGUUCAAUUCAGUGCCCACCGAAUACACCGAAAUAUUGUCUGGGAACUAAGUUUAUCAACGAUCAUUGCUGGUGCGAGCUGCAACACCGAGAAGAGGGCUUGCCCUAUGUACCACAUGUGUGCUUUGCGGAUCAGAAAGUGCACCAACCCUUCGUGGAGUCCUGUUUCGCAUUUGGGGCGGUCAAGGAGUGCUGCUGCGCUGAGAUCUGGAUCAAGAAGUGGCGGCACAUUUCCGGCAGCUCGCGAAGCCAGCACAUACCAAAAAUAUUAAUACUCCUGCUUUCUGCAUUCAGUGUACUGCACUGGUUAAGUAGAAGACGAAUAUUUUGUUAAAGUUGGAGCGUAGUCAUGACCGGAGUAAUCGUGCGAAAGUUGUACAACAUAGUCAUAGCGAUGUAGGAUCUAGCCGUAAAACAUUCGAAUAAGUGUACUUAGUUCAAACAAUGUCCAAUGGUAAUCAAACCUACGUGCUAAGCAUAUAUUUAAGCGUUAAUAAAUACAAGUUUAUAAAGCUAA